UUGGGGGUGGGGGGUGGUAAAGUAUUGAGCUCCUCCGCGAUGCGACUCCUCCCGCGCCUCCGCAAUCGACGACUGCCAUCGGAGAGCUGUCACCGCGCCUCGCUGGCGACGUGAGAUGAGGCGGUCUCCUCGCCAUUCAUCCUCCUCCUCCUCAACCUCGUCUCCUGCAGCAGCAGCAGCUGCUGCCGCGUGAUCUCCCAGGACGACUCCGGGGCCCCCUGACGCCACCGUGGCGGCUCCCGCGGGCCACGCGACGGGGACUGCGGGAGAGCCAGGGUGGGCAGCGGGAGGCGACAUGCAGCAGCAGCAGCUACAGCAGCAGCAGCUGCAGCAGCAGCUGCAGCAGCAGCAGCAGAACGGCGGGGACGCGAGGCUGCGCGGAGCCGCGCUCAGACACCCCACGCAGCAGGUUCAGCGGCUAUCGCGGUGCACGAAGCUGUGCUUCGCCGUGGGGGGCGCCCCCUACCAGAUCACCGAGAAUGUCGUCGGCUUCUACCUCACCAUCUUCCUGCUCGACGUUGUCAAGAUGCAUGCUCACCACGUGUCGCUCAUCCUGUUUGUGGGACGGGCGUGGGACGCGUGCACUGACCCUGCCGUGGGCCUUCUCCUUGGCCGGAGCCCUCGAACUCGCAUCGGCCGCUUCAUGCCAUGGAUCGUCUGCUCCACGCCGUUCGCAGUAAUUUUCUACUUCCUGCUGUGGUACGUUCCCAACUUCCACAUGGAAACGUCCUCCAAGGUGUGGUGGUACCUGGUCUCCUACUGCCUCUUCAAGACGUUCCUCAACACGCUGCACGUGCCGUACGCGGCCAUGACCAUGUUCCUGAGCCGCGACUCCAAAGAAAGAGACUCAGCCACCGCGCACAGGAUGACGCUGGAGCUCGUGGGCAUUCUCGUGGGGGCCCUGGUGCAAGGCCUCAUCCUGCAGGCGUACGGCCUGCAGGGUGGCACGAGGGGCAUCAUCGAGAGCAACGGAACGUGCACGUCGCCGCACGCCGCCAACGCCUCCAACUCCUCCUUCAACGACAUGGCCUCCCUGGUGGAAGCCUACAAGACGGCGGCCGUGGUGAUCGGCAGCAUCUACCUGGCGUGCAUCAUCGUCCUCUUCCUGGGAGUGCGCGAGAUCAAGGACUCGCCCAACCUCAACCGUCGGCCCAGCAGCCUGUCGCUGCACCGCCGCAUGCGCCGCAUCUUCACCUACAGGCCCUACCUGCUGCUCAUGGGCUGCUACGUGAGCACCUCCAUCGCGCUGCAGCUGGUGCAGGGGAACCUGGCGUUGUUCUUCGAGCACGUGCUGUGCAUGAAGGGGAAGUUCCAGAUAAUGGUCAUCACCGUGCUGGUGUCUGCCGUGCUCUUCCUGCCCGUCAGCCAGUGGAUGCUCAAGAGGAUUCAGAAGAAGAACAUGAUCAUCUUCGGAAUGCUGUGGUGGAUACCGUUCCUCAUCACCAUCGUACUGGCACCGAGCAGCGACCCGCUGGCGUUCGUGGUGUGUGCCGCGUCGGGCAUCACGGUGGCCACCGCGUCGUUCCUGCCCUGGUCCAUGCUGCCGGACACCAUCACGGACUUCCGGCAGCGCCACGGAGACUACCCGGGCCAGGAGGCGCUCUUCUACUCCUUCUUCGUGUUCUUCAACAAGUUCGCAGUGGGGGCCACCCUGGGCAUCUCCAACCUCUGCCUUAGCUUCGCUGGGUACGUGCCACGGGGAGUGGAGCAGCCCAAGAAUGUGAUGCUCACACUUCAAGUUCUCAUGGCUCCGGCUCCCAUCAUCCUCAGCUUUGUGGGCAUCGCGGUGCUGUACCCGUACAGACUGGGCCACCGCCCGCCGCAGAGCCAGGGAGCAGCGUGAGGAGGAGGUGUUGAUCCCUGGCCUGCUCGUACCUCGUUUACCGCAGAUUUACUAUUUCUACCAGAAGAGCAAGCUUUUGUACAUACACCAAUACAUUAUUUUGAUUUACAUAUUUUUUAAGAACAGUGUUAAGAUUAAGAAAACUAUAAUUCUUUCUGUCCAUAUCUUUAAAACAAAUUUAAUUAUUUACUCUUAAAUUAUGGAAUGUAUGUUUAAAAAAAAUCUAAACAGUAUUUUUAAGAUUACUAUUUUGUUGGGUGUUACAUGUUUUAUAUUUUCAACAGUUUUUUUGUUUGUUACUGGUGCCAUUAUGCUCAGAAGACUUUUCACUCUGGUAUUUUUCAUGGAAUGUGUCCUUAAAAAGAAAUAAAUACAUCUUGUUAA